AUGAAUGGAGGGUCCUGGAAUGGAGAAAUCUGUCUUUGCCCCAAUGGCUUCACAGGGGAUCGCUGUCAGAAUAGAGUCCCCACUGUCGCCUGCCAGAAUGGAGGCAUGUGGGAUGGGCUCAAAUGUCAGUGCACCAGCCUCUUCCAUGGGCCAAGGUGUGAGGAGGUGGUGGAUAGCAUUGAGAUAGAUAACACAGUCUCUGCAACCGUGGAAGUGAGUGUGACAGUAACCAACCACAACUACUCUGAAGAGCUACAGAACAAAACAUCCAAAGAAUUCAAGGAGUUCAAUAAAACAUUCACCGAACAGAUGGAGCACAUUUAUGAUGGAAUCCCUGAGUAUGAAGGGGUUGUUAUCAAUUCGCUGAGGAAAGGCAGUAUCGUGGUGGAUUAUGAUGUAAUCCUGAAGGCCAAGUACACUGAUAAAUAUGAAAGUGUGUUACAGAACGUCAGCAGUACUGUGAGGGAAAAAAUCGAGAAUGCAACCAAAUAUUAUAUAGUUACUAAUAACAGCUGCCCAGAGUCACUGUGUUUCAACUCUUCUGCCACCAAUGUGCAAAAUACCUCCUGGAUUCUUAACUCUUCCAUGUUCCCCUCAGAGCAAUGCCAGAAACAGGCUGGAGAGGAGUAUGCAAAGUAUGUCUUCUUGGAGUCCAAGGACAAUAAGCUGCAGUGUGUCACAGCCUGCUCAACGGGCUACAAAACUCCUUGGACUGCCACUAUGGCAAAUGCCAACUGCAGCCGAAGUGGCCCUCAGUGCAUCUGCCUGACCACAGACACUCACUGGUACAGUGGGGAAACCUGCGAUCGGGGCAUCCAGAAAAGCCUGGUGUAUGGGCUCGUGGGAGCUGGGGUGGCAGUGUUGUUGGUGAUCCUUGUUGUCCUCAGUGUGUUCUCCAUGCGCUUCAGAAGAGAGGCAAAAAGGCAAACGUUCAAAGUGUCUCAGAUGCAGAAGUGGAAUGAAGAGGAAGGCAAAACUCCUGGAGCCGUCCACAAUGUCGGGUUUGACCACAACGAAGAAGGAGAAAAUUAUGUUCAUUUGGACUCCAUGUACAGCAACUUCGAGGGCCUCCCUACGCCAUAUAAACCCUGA